CCAGUGGAAGUGUCCGCGACGAGCGGCCCCGGCCCCGCCCACGGCCCUAGCUCGUGGGUCCCGGGUCCCAGGUUCCUAGAGAGGUGAGUCCGUGGCAGGUGCGCGGGGGUUGCGGGGCUGUCUGCGAAGCUGUCCCCUCAGGCCUCUGCCCGGUCCCUCGUGCAGCCCACAGCCUCGCCGGGGACAGCCGGGGCGACCCCGGAGGCCGGAGCGAGUGGGCCUGCCGGGCGUCGGGAAGGAGCCGCCGCCGCGCUCAGCCUGCCUUGCUGUGCGCCGUGCGUGGGGGUUUCCGAUCCUUCCCCUCCGGCGCCCGCUGUCCCGCGGCUACGGGCAACAUGCUCGAGGUCGUUGCCGCCCGAGUGCGGCGGAACUGGCGCAGGCCACCCGCGUGACAACUUGAACUUUUCCUACGAUUACCCGACCGCCAGUGCGGUCACGUUGCGCAUUUUCUCUGAGACCUCGUGCGCUUAUCGUUGAAAUAAAAGCAAGAUUUUCCCCAGUUCCUUUUAGAACGUUAUGACUUUUCUCCAUUUCGAGACAGCUCAGGAAACUGCCAGAGGGACAGACACUCCCCUCCAUCGGGCCCUGCAUUGUCUUCGGGAGCUUGGGGCCUUUUUGUGCCUCGCCCUCGCUGACGUCUUUCCAGGACUUAGAGACACUUGUCCAGAGACAUGAUCCCGAAGGCUUGAGCUACUUGCCUGGAGAGAGAGGCUGUCUGUUGAGCCCCAAGAUGGCGGCUAAGAUGGAGAUAACUUUGAGCUCGCAGUCCCACAUUCAGGCCUCCUCCAAGCCAGAGAGACACAUAAUAACAAAGCUGGAAGAGAAACGGGGACUCGCUCUGCAAAAGGACCGCCCAGAUCCCGAGCUCUCCCGCCAGAGCUUCCGAAGGUUUUGUUAUCAAGAGGCGUCUGGACCCCAAGAGGCACUCUCCCGGCUCCAGCUGCUCUGCUGCCAGUGGCUGCAGCCCGAGCUGCACACCAAGGAGCAAAUAUUGGAGCUCCUGGUGCUGGAGCAGUUCCUGAACAUCCUGCCCCCGGAGAUCCAGGCUCGGGUCAGGCAUCGAUGUCCAUUGAGCUGCAAGGAGAUUGUGACCCUGGUGGAAGAUUUUCAAAGAGCAGCCAAGAGACCAAAGCAGUGGGUGGCCGUGUGUAUGCAGGGGCAGAAGGUGCUCUUGGAGAAGACUGGAUCUCAGCUUGGGGAACAGGAACUGCCUGGCUUUCAGCUGCAGACUCCUCGGAGGUAUGCCCGGGAGAGUGCUCUGGAGGCGCCUUCCCAGGCGGGGCCUCCGGACCAGCUGGGCUCUCGUCACUGGGGAAAAUCCCCGCUCCUCCAGGAACCAAGCCCCAGAGUGGCUGGGACAGAAGCCCCCAGAAUGAAAAGUGAGAACAAGGAAAAUCCGCAGCCAGAGGGGGCUAAAGGAGGGAAGCCAUGUGUCCUGUCCCCCGGCAGACCCAAAGGUAAUGGUCUGCAGAGUCCUGAGCCGAGAGGGACGAAUAUGAAUGAACCCCGGUUGUCACGGAGGCAGAUCAGCCCCCCAAAUGCUCAGAAGCCGUUCGCGCACUGCCAGAGACGUUGCAGGGAACUGGAAUACAUCAGCGGCCCCCUGAAAAGCCACCCACUGACAGAGCUGAAGAAGAGCAAAGGGAGCAGAGGGAGCCUGAGCCGUCGUUCCCAGCGUCUUGGUCACCAGCCAAGCCGCUCGGCAAAGAAGCCUUACAAGUGUGAUGACUGUGGGAAAAGCUUCACGUGGAACUCGGAGCUGAAGAGGCACAAGCGAGUGCACACAGGGGAGAGGCCCUACACGUGCGGAGAGUGUGGGAACUGCUUUGGGCGCCAGUCAACCCUGAAACUGCACCAGAGGAUCCACACCGGGGAGAAGCCCUACCAGUGCGGCCAGUGUGGGAAAAGCUUUCGCCAGAGCUCAAACCUCCACCAGCACCACCGACUCCACCACGGGGACUGAAAGCAGGGCCUCGUGCGCUCUGCUCAGAAGGAAGACCUCUGUAUUUCUCCUUCCGCUACCUGCAUGUAAAUCACAGGUUGUCUGCGUGACGUACAAGGAAAGCAAGAAGCCCCUGAGGGAUGUGGUGCUCGUUUGGCGGCGAGGAGUUCCAGAAGAUGCCGAGGGGGGUGUGACCGUGUUGGUGACAGGCUGAAGUAACGGCAGGUCUGGGCGUUGGGUCAGAGAGAACCCGGGUCUCUGCUGGAGCGCAGGGAGAAACAGCUGAGAGAAUCGGGCCGGUCCCGCAGGUGCCCCUCCCUCCACGUUGGUGUGAAAUCUUCCCCCUGCUGCUUUCUUUAUUCUCUAAAUGUGCUCAAGGGUCAAUUACAUCCGCAUAUAUUUAAUGUACUAGCUAUCCUGCCAGUCUUUGCCACACACGCGCUUCGUUAAUGGUGAUCAGUGAUUUCAAGGCAAAAUUUCAUUGGAAUAUAAAUCCCUUAAUAUUCUCUCUGUAAUUGCUGGCUGUCCGUAAUAAAGGACACAUGAAGUAAGAGUGUAAACAUGUUCGUAUGAGGACAGAAUUUCCAAGUAAGUAGUGCCACACACAUGUGCGCCCACACACAUUGAGGGGUCUGUUUCUAGCAAAGCACUUUUGAUGACGGAAGUCUGCUGCCGCCGGCCCCCCGGAAGCAACAGGGAAAAGGCACAGCAGGAAAGAGCGUGUCUGUCACAGCCCAGGACCUGCCGAGAGGAGCCCUCACUGCUCUCCUUGCUCAGGCCGCUGAUGACAUGUUAAUAAAACUGGGUUAUUUCAGUCUA